GUUCUGCCAGAUCCCUACGCCGUGCGCCCCGGACAUAGGACUUGGAGGAGGGGGAAGAGAGUGAGCAGAGCGCAGUGCCGCGGCCAAUCCACUCUGGGGCACCGCAGCGGGCACACGGCACUCUGCUAAAACUUCUUGUGCCAGGCAGAAAGUUACCCAUACUGUAUAUAGAGAGGGAGAGCUGCUACCAACCCCCCGGGAGAGGUACUAGGAAGCAGAGCAGAGACUUCUAUCCACCUCCCGUCAUCUGGCUCCGGGACUCUGUGCACUCUUUGUCCUCUGCCCGCACCAUGCUCUGGAUAUCCUUCUCCCCUCUGCUGCUUUGCACUUUAGCCUUCUGCAGCCUGACCGUCCCUGCUGACAAGACGAAAAGUUGUCUGGAGGUGCGGAAACUUUACGAGUCCAAAGGCUUCAACCCUAGUGAUGCUCCAGCCCAUGAGAUCAAUGGUGACCAUUUGAAGAUCUGUUCACAGGGACACACAUGCUGCUCUCAAUCAAUGGAAGAGAAAUACAGCCAGCAAAGUAAACAUGAUUUCAAGGCUGCAGUCACUGAACCUUGUAGUACGUUGCAGAAUAUAUUUUCUUCCAGAUACAGCAAAUUUGAUGAAUUUUUUAAAGAACUCGUGAAGAAUUCAGAAAAAUCACUGAAUGACAUGUUUUUGAAGACUUAUGGCAAAUUGUACAUGCAGAAUUCAGAACUUUUUAAGGACUUCUUUGAGGAGCUGAGAAAAUACUACAUCGGUGGAAAUGUUAAUUUGGAAGAGAUGCUCAAUGACUUUUGGGCUCGGCUGCUAGAGCGCAUGUUCCCACUGUUAAACCCACAGUUUCACUUCACUGACGAGUAUCUGGAGUGUGUCAGCAAGUACAUCGACCAGCUGAAACCGUUUGGAGAUGUACCACGUAAACUUAAGCUUCAAGUUACCCGUGCCUUUGUGGCAGCCCGCACCUUUGCACAAGGUCUAGCCACGGCCAAAGAUGUGAUCAACAAGGUUUCCAUGGUAAACCCCACACCUCAGUGUGUACGGGCAAUGAUGAAGAUGACCUACUGUCCUUACUGCCGGGGCCUUGUUACGGUCAAGCCUUGUAACAAAUACUGUUUGAAUGUAUUGGGAGGCUGCCUGGCCAAUCCCGGGGAUCUUGAUGUUGACUGGAACAACUUUAUAGAUUCCAUGCUAAUGGUAGCUGAUCGGCUGGAGGGGCCAUUCAACAUUGAAACGGUCAUGGGUUCCAUUGAUGUGAAGAUUUCGGAGGCUAUAAUGAACAUGCAGGAAAACAGCAAUCAAGUGUCUCAGAAGGUUUUUCAAGGUUGUGGACAGCCAAAGCCACUCCCUCCUACAAGGGUUUCCCGUUCUAUAUCAGACAGUAACAUCAAUCAUCGAUUUAGAUCGUACACUCCCGAAGAACGACCAACUACUGCUGCUGGAACAAGUCUGGAUAGACUCGUAUUUGAUGUGAAACAAAAGCUGAAGGGUGCCAAAAAGUUUUGGUCUUCUCUACCCAAUAACAUUUGCAACUGGACAUCAAGCGUCAUUGAAGAUGACUGCUGGAAUGGCAAUGAGAAAAGCCGGUAUAUGUAUACAGUCACAGCCAAUGGUCUGGAAAAUCAGGUCAAUAAUCCUGAUGUGAACGUUGAUACCACAAAUCCAGACAUUGCCAUUCGUCGUCAAAAGGUCGCACUGCGUGCUAUGACAAACAGAAUGAAGAAUGCUUACAACGGGAAUGAUGUGAAUUUCAUUGAUAUAAGUGAUGAGAGCAGUGGAGAAGGUAGUGGAAGUGGGGACUGCGAAGAACCAAAAUGUAAUGGUGACUUUGACAUCAAAUCUACAGAUGACACAGCCAGAAUAAUACCAAAGCUCAAGAAUUCCGAUAAGAGUGCAGAAACAGACAGUGGUGCUCAUUCCAUCACUGCCUCACUUACAGUCAUUGUUCCAAGUAUCUUACUCUUAGUGAGACUUUGGAGAUAAUGAAAGUUUUUUUUCUCACCUUUCUAGCAAAAAACAAAACAAAAAACUUCGAUCAGAAUGGAAAAUGCACCUUUUCCUCUUUAGAACUCCAUUGAACAGUUUUUAUCUCUUUGUACGUCAAUGGACAAAGGUGUAUAGUUCAUUUUUAACAUGAUGCCACAGAGUCAAGUGCUGGAUUCAUCCUUAUUCCUCACUGUGCUGGAAAACAUGGACUUGUCUAUCUGUCCGAUAUGUUAUGAUUAUUGUGGCAAACAGGCGUUGUAUAUACAGAUGUGUAGGUAGCUGAGCUUUAGUGUUUUAUAUCACCUUUCCAUGUCAUUAGUCCCAGUGUCACAUCUAGAUUUUAAGUUUUUUUUUUUUUUUUUUUUGUGUUAUCUGUACAGAAGCUAAUUUUAUUUAUCAUGUUAUAAUUUGGGAUAAAAUGACCAAGCAAACCAACAAAGUUACGCUUUAUUUAGUGUUAUACCAUUGUUUUAAUAUAUUUACAAAAUAGGGUCCUUGGUUAUUUUGUACGUUGACCAAGUGUCAAAUUUUCUCUUCUGGACAACUCCUCAUAAGUUAAAAGUGUAUUAUUAACAUCAGAACAUCUUCAUUGUUUCUACAGUACAAAAAUGUAAUACAUCCUUUCUUUUACCGCUAUAACAGGAUUUACAACGUUUUAUUUUUUUUACGUUUUCUCUUUUUCAUUGGUGCUUUGUAUUGGUCUGUCGUGUAUUAAUCCACUAUGUGGCAAGAAAAUACCUUGCAUAUGAGAACGGGGUAAACCUGUGUUACGCCUAGUGUCCUUUGGUUAGGGUUUACUGCACGGUCAUGCAGUAUUAAGUUUACCCAUUGGUGACUUUUUCAAGCACAGUUUUUUAUGAUUCUCUACCCCAUAUAGUUUUCAGUAUGUAACAACAAAUUGGUGAUGACUGGAGGUUUAUUGGCUGACGAAUACAUUGUAUGGUCCUGGAAAAGAGGCAGCAACAAAGUUUGAACCCCGAAGAGUAACAACUUUCUCAUUUUAUUUUUUCCUUCCCCCUCACCCCAGAACGUAAACUUUAAAAUACAUUGGUGGGUGUCUAUUAUUACAAUUUUUUUCAUAAUUCUAAUAGCGUUUAUUGAAUUUUAGUAAAAAUACCCAUUUGUACACAUUUUGUGUAUUUUAACAUCCAGAUGUUAUGUGACCUUUAUGUAGUUGUUUUUUUUUUUAAAUGGUACACCUCGCAAUUCAAGUAUUACACGUUGGCUACGUUCAGUGAGGAAAUUUUAUAUACUAUCUUGUCUAUAUAAAUUAAAAUAUUCAAAUAUAGGAUCUGUCAAUGUAAAUGUGACCCACAGCAUGGGGAUGUAAUUUUUAUAUAAAUAUAUAUAUAUUUUUUGUACAAAGUUAGUUAAACCUACUGUUAUAUGGAGGAGUCUGAUCUUUGUAAGUUUGUCUAGAAUAAACAUUGAACAAAUUUAUAUCGAUUAUCGGCCGUAAGUACCAACAGGUUUCUUUUAGAAUAUUCAUUGCUAUGCUAUCUUGCUUUUUUUGGGAUAAUUUGAUUCAUCGUAAGUUAACCCAUUAUUUAUUAAAACAGUUUCAUAGCAUUGAUCUUUUUUUAGAUUUUUUUUCUAAUUACAAAAAAAAAAAAAAGCAUAC